CAGCUAUACUUGUCUUACAUUGCGGACGAGUGUUAGCACUCAGAGAGAGAUAAGACUAUUACGAUGGCUGACCCUACAACCACAGCACCUUCUGCUGAAGAGGUGGUAGCCUCGACAAACACAACACCGGAAACAUUGGAUUUAGUGCAGAUUGUACAAGAGGACUACUCGUUCAAUCCCACUUGUAAAGAUCAGAUGGAAAAAUUCUCGGGCAACUUCUACGCGUCUGGGUUGGAUUAUAAUGUUGUUUCAAUUCUGGGGCCCCAGUCUGGGGGGAAAAGCACGUUGCUCAAUCUCUUGUUCAACGUUAACUUUAAGGUGAUGGAUGAGGAGCAUCGGCAACAGACCACCAAAGGACUGUGGCUUGCCCAUGAUGACAAUUCAAAGUCACUCAUCAUGGACGUCGAAGGCUCAGACUCUCGCGAACGUGGCGAAAACCACAUCAAAUUUGAGCGCAAAAGUGCCCUGUUUUCCCUUGCCAUCUCGGAAGUGCUGAUUAUCAAUAUGUGGACCAACGAUGUAGGCCGAUACCAGGCCGCCAACUACGAGACAUUGCGCACAGUGUUUGAGAUUCACUUGAAGCUGUUCUAUACGGAGGGCUCCCCAAAGACUCUGCUGUUGUUCAUCCUCCGUGACCACCAGUCAACUCCCUUGGUUAACCUGUCGAACAUUUUGCGCAAGGAUAUGGAUGAUAUGUGGGUCAAAUUAGACAAGCCGGAGAACCUCAAAGACACCAAGUUCAGCGACUUCUUCGACGCGGAGUUCACAUCUCUUCCGAACUAUGUAUUCCAGAAAGACGCGUUUAUGGACCAGGUGUCCACCCUAUCCAAGCGCUUCACGGACAAUAGCAGAGAGGACUAUCUCUACAAACCUGUCUACAGUAAGCAGGUUCCGGCCGAUGGAUUUCCAGAGUACUCUGGGCGUAUCUGGGAGACCAUUCUGGCCGAGAGAGACCUCGACCUGCCAUCGGUGAAGGAAAUGCUGGCGCGUGUCCGAUGCGACGAGAUUGCACAGGCUGUGAUGGCUAGUACCCGCAAGGAGUUUGAAUCUUAUAAGCGGGCGCUGAGUGACGGGGAAGUGGUGAAAGAUCUGGGAACACUGAUAGCUGAGAGGGUGAGUACAUCACUACAGACGUUUAAGGAGAAAGGUUCCAUCUACCAUGAGCCAACGUACCUGGAGAGACGCGAACAACUCAUUAUGUCGAUGGACGAGUACUUCUCGGAAUUGAAAGACGCAUAUGCUCGUAAUGUUGUUAUUGCUCAGACGCGUACCAUCGAGGAACAUUUUCAAGCAGAACUCACGCCGCUUCUGGCCUCAGGGCGUCAUGACAUGUGGACGGAGAUUGGACAAGUAUACACUGACACGCUUUUAAAGGGCCAGGCCGAUAUCAACCAACAGUUCGCAGAAAUGGGCUUCUCAGAAGAUUUCACAGCUGCCACACUGCAAAAGUUCAACACGCACACAGUCGAGCUGGCCGAGAAGCAAAUAAAACACUCUACACACGGAUUGAAAGAAACAGCUGUCAAGAGAUUCGAGAAGAACUUCAAGUACGACGAGAACAAAAUACCGAGGGAGUGGGGCAAGGAUGAUAACGUACCCGAAGCGUACACGAAUGCAAGGAAUAAAGUUGUAGACUUCAUCGGAUUAUUUACAACGAUGACCCUGCCUCAGGUUGAGGGGUCGUUGGAGGCCACGAAUGUACAGCUGCUGAAGCCGACACAGGUGGAUGCGUUGCAAGAGAGCAUAGACGAGCUCAUCAAGCCCAUUUACGAGGACGCUCUCCGUACACAGAAGCGCACCACAUCAGGUGCUCCGCCCGUGUGGUUGAUUGUGGUCUUCCUGGUGCUGGGCUUCAACGAGUUCAUGGCCUUCCUUGACUUUGUGACCACGCCUUCUAACAUGGUCUUCGUGCUGUUUGCGGUGUCCAUGGCCGGAACUGUAUACGCGCUUCAUCAUCUAGGACUAAUGGGACCUGCCGAGUCCGUUGCGAGGAAGGCGGUUGAGGAAGUGUCGAACCAAGCCCAGGACGGGCUGCUCAUGUUGACUGAGAAGCUGCAGGAUGCUUCCGCGAAACGGCGUAAAAAGGAGGAAUGAAGGAGUUCAACAUCACUACUGUAGUUUCGAUUUUCUGGGAUUGCGCGCUUUGGCCGAUGAUCCAGAAUGUCCCGACUAUGCUGUGUUGUGCUGUGUAUUAGUAAGACACAAAAGAUUGCGAACGAAUGGAGGGAAGAUGGGAGUCGGAACGAUGCAAGUUAAGACAAUAAACAUCGGAGCUGCAGUAGAAAUGGGCAAUCUGUUUUAAUUUUAUUGUUAAUUGUUGUGUAUCUGUAGCGUAGCUGCGAGCUUGCCAUUCCCAAAUCUACCACUUGAGUGCAAAUUGAUUAGAU